ACCGCGCAACUCCCGUGUCGCGGAAAAAGCGUACUCAGCAACUCCCAAUCCCGCGCAUCGUCACCACCACCACGACCUCGCAACAACACCGCCGCGGCGAGGCUCGCGAGGAGAUAGCACUGUCCAACGCCGCUACGUGCCUCCACCUGUGCGACUCCCCUACUAGGCCACGGUGCCCCGACUCGACGAUUGCCACCAAAUGUUGGCGCGAUAGCUGCGCGCCCACCGGCCCCUCUCUCUUCGCCUUUGCAUCAUGACGCGUUCAUCGCCCCUACGGAGGAGCCAAUUCUCCAGCCCCGACCGCGGCAACCGAUCCAGCUUUCUAUUCGACGAGCGCAACACCGAGCUGAGCCAUCGCGAUGCCCUGGCGGCCGCGCAGGCGGAGCACGACCGGAUCCGCGAGGCGGCGCUACGUGUCUACGAGCUGCAUGAGCUCAAGGAAGUGCACCAGCGCAUCCUGGACCAGGAAAGACGGGAGCAGGAGAGGCUAAAAGCAGAGGCCGAGGUCGCCGCGGAAGAGAAGAGGCUGCAAGAGCUCCGGGCCAAGACGAUUCCGAAACCAGCCCCUCCCCCGCCCGCACCUGAACCCCCCAAACAGGUUGAGAAAUCACAGCUGGAGAAGCCAGCAUCUCUCGAGGCGAAGAAGCCAGCGGAAGCGACCCCGGCACAGGCAAAGGCUACGCCUCAACCCGCAGCAGCUCAGCCGAACGGGAUCUUCGGCGGCCCAGCUAAGCCCGCUGUCGGUAACCCUUUCGGAGCUCCUCCAGCAACAACCACCGCACCACCCAAAGCUGCUGACACAACGCCGGCACCCCAAUCCAAGCCUGUCGUUGGACAGCAAGCUUCUCGGCAGCCACAGUCUCAAGCACGACCGGCCGCGCACGUCGAGGCAGAUCGAUAUGUACAGAUCCACCAGGAGUUAAAGAAGCUUCGAAAGGACCUCAUAGCCCAAUCCAAGGUACCUGGGUCGCCGUUGAAGGGUAAGAUGGGAACGUUUCGGAGAGAGAUUCGCGUUGCUAUUGGCCAGUUGACAGGGGGUAAAGGUGCAAAUGCUCAACCGACAAGCAAGAUCAUGGGCAUUUUGCGGGAGUCCCUUGGGGGGCAAGUACCCAGCCCUCCCAUCCAGGUCAGCCGCUUCGUACUGGAACCCCGCGAACCGGUCGAAGGCGCCACAUACAACGACGAAAACCUCCCAGCGCUCUUCAUCUACCUCAUCAACAUCUGUGCGAAGGGCGUCAUUAGUCAAUUCAUCAACGAGUGUGGCCCGAACCCGAAGGCCGCGGAUCCCAUCGGCGUGUUCACGGCGCAAAUCUUCUCGCACAAGGAUUUUCAAUGGCGCGGAAAGUCUCUGAUCGACAUCCUCAUUGCCAAGUUCCGGGUCGUGUGUCCAGUCUUGUUCGGCUUCAGGGGUAACGACAAGACGGAACGCGGCCGUAUGGCCAUCGGUUGGCGCAAGGACGGGCCUUCAUGGAUCACGGAACAGAGCCACAACGACAGGAUGGCCGGCCUCGGCGCCGGCUUUGCGUCGAUUUCGCUUCGCGACUUCAGCAAGGCCUCCAAGGCCAAUCCGUACCCACCGACGCACUACUGGAAAGCUUUCGCCGGCAUCGUCAACUCACCGCCCAACGAGACGUCCAACACGCAGUACGUCGUCCUGCGAUCCAUGAUAGACGGCCACGAACAGCGAUUUCUCAACUUUUACGGCAACGCCGCUGUGGCUGCCCUGCGGCUCGCCCUGGUCGAGUUCCCCAAGAAAGCGCCUCAGAACGCCUCGGCGGCGGGGUCAUUGCUCGCGCUGGCAGAGGUGCUAAAGACCGAGAGCGGGCUGGUUCUGGCUUAGACUUGUAUGAGCGGGGAAUUGGAUUUGCUCAGAUAUGGGGAGCAGAGCCGGAUCAGGGCAUUGGUGUUUGGUGCGAGUUGGGCCUUUUCUUGCGGGCACCGACGGGACUGCAUAGCCGCGGCGUUGUUGGGAGCUCGAUAGAGAGCAUGCGUGUCUUGGGGCAUUAUCUAGGUCUCUUCUGCUUUCUAUGUAUACAAAACAAGAAAGAUGGCGCUGCCUUGUGCAACAAAAGCCAUACCAUUGUGGCGGCGGUUUCCUCCUAAAACUCCAGGCGCCCGUGUGAAAAAUGUACUAGCCCGCUUCCAUGACCCGACAAGACAACAAUGAGGAAGCGCCAAACAGAGGG